AUGGAGGAAGAGAGGAAGGUGGAAAGGUUGAGGUUGUGGGUGAUGGAGGGAGUGGGAGGGGGGGUAGGAGUUAAUGGAGGAAGAGAGGAAGGUGGAAAGGUUGAGGUUGUGGGUGAUGGAGGGAGUGGGGGGGGGGUAGGAGUUAAUGGAGGAAGAGAGGAAGGUAGAAAGGUUGAGGUUGUGGGUGAUGGAGGGAGUGGGGGGGGGGUAGGAGUUAAUAGAGGAAGAGAGGAAGGUGGAAAGGUUGAGGUUGUGGGUGAUGGAGGGAGUGGGGGAGGUAGGAGAGAAGUAAUGGGAGAGAGAAAAGGUGGAAAUAGAGGGAGGAGGUCGUGGGUUGAGGAGCUGGAAAGACGCGGGAAAGAGAGAGAUCAGAUUUAA